AAUUGGAUCCUUACAAGCGCUCAAGCAAUUUACAUGGAAGAAAUACAAACACUUAUAGAGAAGGAGAGCGGGCUCCACAUGAACGCCUUCAAUCUUCAUCCGGCACAGCUUGAUGCAGGAAGGGUCAGUGCAUUGGAGCCGAUAUUUAAGUCCAAGGCACCAGCACUUUGGCGCCUGUUCCAGCAGCUACUUGUAGUGGAAAGCAAGGUGCGAGCAAGGCAUUGGGCAAAGCCAGUGCCACCAAGCGUGGAG